AUGGACGUGCGAAUAUUCUCUGUUUUGGCACUUCUCACCGUAACGAACUUAGACUACGUCCAAUGUAUUGUCGGUGGUAAAGUUGCUCCUGCUCCACCUGUCGAUGAUCCUGUCGUCUACAGUAGGAAAUUUGAUCGCGAUGCACGUGUGUUCGGUACCAGAGAUAAAACCAGCGGUUAUUAUUUAUUCCGUGGUAUCAGAUAUGCCGAGCCACCAAUUGGACAAAGACGGUUUCGGCGACCCAUUCCAAUAUUCUUAGAAGGUGAUGUUAAUGCAACAAGAUGGGAAGCACCGUGCCUGCAGCCAACCGAGGACGGUCAAAUAGUAGGGAGCGAGGAUUGUUUGUACCUAAACGUUUUUACACCAAACUUACCCGACUCAGGUGACGGAUAUCCCGUGAUCAUUUGGAUUCAUGGCGGCGGUUUCCGUCGUGGUGCUGCUUCUCAAUACGAGAUGCGUGACCUUAUCAAGCAAAGAGUUAUUUUAGUAUCUAUUCAGUACAGAUUAGGAUCAUUAGGUUUUUUGAGUAACGAAGACGAAAACCUAUCGGGAAACAAUGGAUUGUUCGACAUGGCAUUGGCAACUGACUGGGUAAGACAAUACAUCGAAUUCUUCGGUGGAAAUCCCAAUCAAAUAGUUGCAAUGGGUCAAGGCACUGGUGCAAGCUCAGCUUUUUUGCUUGGUUUAUCCCAAUAUGGACAAAGUUACUUCAGUGGUAUCAUCGCAAUGUCCGGUUCGCUUUUAUCGCGUUUCGCCGUAGAAAGAGAACCAAGAAGGACAACCCAAGUGAUUGCCGCUGGUAACAAUUGUCCUUUCAAUGAAACUGUGGAAAUGGUUCGCUGUUUGCGCGAAUUGCCAGCUUCCAGAAUCAUCGAGCAAGAUUCCAAAUUUGAGAGCACUGAAGAGAGGAAUUUCAUAACAGACUUGUCGAGUCUUCUGGGAACUGGUCCUGUUGUGGAAGGAAAGGACGAUCAACGUUCUUUGCCGAAAUUCGUACAAGAUGAACCUGAAGAUUCUCUUAACUCUAACGAAGUUCCAAAAAUACCACUUCUUAUUGGAGUGGUCAAGGACGAAACUGGCGGUGCAGUCUAUGGUCCUUUCAAAAACACUAUCAGUCAACAACUGAAAGAAAUACCCGACUUUUUGACUAAGUAUCUUGUACCGAAUUUGCAAAAAAUCGUACCUGUUAUUGGAAAUAUUCAGAAACAAUUCAUACCUGAAGCUUUCGCGAAAUACCUAGAUCCUUUCGGUAUUACUGGUGGCAAUGGUAACAAGAGGGGAGACAGUAUUGCCAAAGUCAGCGAAGCUUUGAACGAUGCUAUAUUUAAUGCGCCAGCAUUCUUGACAGUUAAAAGUUGGGCCAAAAAGUCUAAAGCUUAUUUGUACAGUUUCGAUCACGACAGUAAGCAUGGUUUCGGUAAAGAUUUCCUUAGUGGACUUCCGAUCGUUGGUAGAUCUGCCGAUAAUGGUAAGACAAGUCACGGUGACGAACUUGGUUAUCUUUUCAAUCCAAAUAAUAUCCACGGUAAACCUAUGAAGCCGAGAUCCAAUUUUAAUGAAGAAGAUCAACGAGUGAAAGAUAUAUUUACUACCAUGAUAGCUGAAUUUGCCAGAACUGGAAACGUAAGCGGUGGCUCGAAUUCUAAAGAUGGAUUCCUUUUACCGUUUUCUUUACCAUCAUUUUCGGAUGGUAAUGAUGAAAAUGACGAUUUCUUGAGUAUUACCUCUAAACCAACCGUUAAUAAACAAUUCAGAUUCUGUCAGAUGGGAUUGUGGACAGGUAUUGAAGAAAGAUUCACGUCACCUCUGUGCAGUCUGUUCCAUGUUGAUCUGAAGAAUCCUCUGAAAACCUUCGAGAAAGCAGUUAAAUCCGUACCAUCUCUAGGGCAAUUCGCUAAAGUAGGAUCAGUAUCAGACUUUCUGAAUACCAGCGCGAUUCCUCAAAUUCCUUUCGUACCUUCGUUAAAUGACAUUCCAUUCAAGCCGCCAAUAAGCUUACCAGGAAUAAACUCAGGUAAAGCUCCGAUACCGAAAAUCCCAAUACCGGGACUACUUGGACAGAAACCCAGUGGUGGAAAUUCGAAUACGGGAAAGCCUGCCAUACCAGGAAUAGGAUUCAUUCCAACGGUGACUAACCCGACUGGAUUUGCAGGUAUAUUCGGUUAG